UACCAAAUACAAACUAUCAAACAUUGUGCAUAAGUUGUCGAAGAAGAAGAAGAUCCACACUCUACAAGCUAAAAAGGAAACAACCUCCAAUCUUUUUUACGAUAUCAUUCUAACAGAAGCCCUUCGAAAGAUGGGCACAAUUGGAUUUACAAGUUUCGGGUUUCCAUUAAAAACCAGGAAGCAAAACCUUCCUGUUGUUGCUUCUGCUUCCUCCUCCCCUGAAAGAAUCAAUUCAGAAGAAAAUGGAUGUGAGGUUUUGAGAAGAAGAACAGCAAUCGUAUCUGGAGCUUCAUUGGUGUCUUCAGCAAUAUUAGGAUUCCCUAAAGAGGGAUUAGCCGUCGUCAAGCAAGGACUUUUAGCCGGUAGAAUUCCAGGCCUAUCUGAACCUAAUGAACAAGGUUGGAGGACUUACCGCCGACCAGAUGAGAAGUCCGGCGGCCAUGGAGUUGGCUGGAGUCCGAUCAUUCCGUACGCCUUUUCAGUGCCUGAUGGUUGGGAAGAGACACCAGUAUCGAUAGCUGAUCUUGGAGGAACGGAGAUUGAUCUGAGAUUCAGUAGCCCAAGUGACGGACGCCUGUUCGUCGUCGUUGCACCAGUUCUCAGAUUCGCAGAUUGUGAGUUCACCCUUCAAAAAAUAAACUUUCAUCGUUCUUUCUCCAUAACUAAACAUUCUAUUACGUAA